GUGUGAGAGUGGCUUAAACGUGCGUGAAGAGCGAAACAACCGUGUUUAUAUCGGUUUGUUUUAGCGUCGGAACAGCUGCGGUGAGCUGUGCGUGAGCUGUGCGUGAGCUCCGGUGCGGUGAGCUGUGCGUGAGCUCCGGUGCGUGACACCGCAGACUGCGCCUUCAAACCACGGCGCCUCGCGCUAUGUGGAAACAGGUGAGCUCGCUGCUGUGGAGGGCACCGGUCCCCGGACUUUCACCGGUAGUCACGGUCCGAUCCACGUCCCACGGACCCAGCUGCAGUGUGUCCGGGAGGGAGUGGGUGAGGCCUAGCGGCUUCGAUACGGGCUUGAAGACUUUUAACAGCCUGAGCAAACAGAAGGAGCCCCUGAUCCUGACGAGAGAGGGGGUCGCGACCUGGUACAGCUGUGGACCCACCGUGUACGACCACGCUCACCUGGGUCAUGCAAGCUCAUACGUGAGGUUUGACAUCCUGCAGAGGAUCCUCAGCAGACUGUUUGGGAUCACCGUGGUCCAUGCCAUGGUCAUCACGGACAUCGAUGACAAGAUCAUCAGAAGAAGCUGGGAGGAAAAUGUUUCCCCAGCCGCCAUCAGCGCGGUGUACGAGGACGAGUUCAAGAGGGACAUGCUGUCACUGAAGGUGGUUCCUCCUGCAGUGUAUUUAAGGGUCACAGAGAACGUGCAUCAUAUCGUUGCCUUUAUUGAGAAGAUCAUCAGAAAUGGACACGCUUAUGCCACAAAAGAAGGUAAAUAACGAGGAGCUUCAACUGUUAGCAACACUGACUUUAUGUUAGUCCAGCAGUGAUGUUUGUUUCUGUAGUCAAACAGCUGGACUGCAGGAUUUAAUUUGCCUGAGUUUGUUAUCAGACUGAGCGCUGAUGAGCUUCCUGUUUGUGUGCAUGCUUUCAGCUCCAUGUUUGGGGGACAGUUAGAUAUCCACUCUGGAGGGAUUGACCUGGCUUUUCCUCACCACGAGAAUGAGAUCGCUCAGAGUGAGGCGUAUCACCAGUGUGGACAAUGGGCAAACUACUUCCUGCACUCAGGGCACUUACACCUGAAGGGCAGUGCAGAGAAAAUGUCUAAAUCUUUAAAGAACUACAUCAGCAUCAAGGACUUUCUGCAGUCUUAUUCUGCCGAUGAAUUCCGGAUGUUUUGUCUUUUGAGCAAAUACAGAUCAGCUAUCGACUACAGCGACAGCAGCGUGCUGGAGGCUCGCAGCACUCUGGACACCAUCUCCAGCUUCUGCCACGAUGCUCAGGCCUACAUGAAGGGUCAGCUGCAGUGUUCACACGUGCAGGAGGAUUUGCUCUGGAGCAGGCUGGCUGAGACUAAAUCCACUGUGAUGACCACUCUAGCAGAUGACUUUGAUACACCGAGAGCCAUAAGUGCUCUGAUGAAUCUGGUUUAUCACGGAAACUGCCAGCUUCAGCCUGUUUCUACGCCUGCUGGAGCGGCCCGCAGCCCCGCCGUGUUCGGAGCAAUGGUCACCUACGUCAGAGAGGUCUUGGAUGUGUUUGGCAUCGACCUGCACACUAAGGAGGCUGAGGUGCUGAGCAGCCGUGGCAGUCUGCAGCCGGUUGUGGAACAGCUGACUCAGUUCAGGAGCAAAGUUCGAGAGUUUGCGCUCGCUCGUCAGGACAGUUCGUCCACAGGAUCCGCGAGCAGAGCUGGACUCUACCCUGACAGGAUCCCUCUGCUUAAAGCCUGCGAUGCCCUCAGAGAUGACCUGGCGCCCCUGGGUGUGCUGAUAAAGGAUAGAGGAGCCACCUCCACGUGGGAGAUCAAAAUGAGCGCGAGAGGACAAGGACCGGAGGACAAAGGCGAGGAGACGUCCAGCUAAAGGUUUUUCCCUUUCUGACAAUGAUUCAGCUUUGUGGACUCGACAGAAAGACUUAGAAUAACAAGAAAACAGCACGAUGCCAUAAAACAGAAGCUCAGGGUUUGUUUGGUAAGCCACGUGCUGUACCUGCCCGUCACAGUGGCUCCACCUCUGUCAUGUUACAGGGCUCCUUUAUUUAUAAACCCGAUGGUUAUCCAGUACUGGACUAAAUCUGAGCUGCUGUAAUGCUCAGUUGGCUGUACCUGCAGUAUCAUCAAGGUUUGAUACCCACCUCACCUUAUUCACCCCCCAAGGCUGAUGCUCACCAUCCUGCUGGAGCUGUGGAGGUCUGGCAGCAUACUCCACUAUCACUGUAUUUGGCAUUGAUACAUUAAAGUUUUGCUGAAAGUGCUGCAAAA